GGUGGUGUUGAGUUCCAAGUGUUUCAAAGUUCGUGGAAACAACAACACAGAACAUUUCUGCACACAGCAAAGAGUCCACGCUGUCAGCUCGCAGCUGACUGCUCUGGAGGACGCUAUGCCCGCAGCUACUGUGGACCACAGCCAAAGAAUAUGUGAGGUUUGGGCCAACAACCUGGAGGAGGAGCUGAAGAGGAUCCGACAAGUCAUCCCAAAAUACAACUACAUCGCCAUGGACACAGAGUUUCCAGGUGUUGUAGCGAGACCAAUCGGAGAGUUCAGAAGCAACGCUGACUACCAAUACCAGCUGCUGCGCUGCAAUGUGGACCUGCUGAAGAUCAUCCAGCUGGGCCUCACCUUCAUGAACGAGCAAGGAGAGUAUCCACCUGGAACAUCCACGUGGCAGUUCAAUUUCAAGUUUAACCUCACAGAAGACAUGUAUGCUCAGGACUCCAUCGAGCUUCUGACCACUUCAGGGAUUCAGUUCAAGAAGCACGAGGACGAAGGCAUCGAGACGCUUCACUUUGCAGAGCUGCUCAUGACCUCUGGAGUGGUGCUGUGCGACGGAGUCAAGUGGCUGUCGUUCCACAGUGGCUAUGACUUUGGAUACCUGAUCAAGAUUCUGUCCAACGCCAACCUACCUGAGGAGGAAGUGGAUUUCUUCGAGAUUCUCCGCCUGUACUUCCCAGUCAUUUAUGAUGUGAAGUAUCUGAUGAAGAGCUGUAAAAACCUGAAGGGCGGGUUGCAGGAAGUAGCUGAGCAGCUAGAUCUGGAGAGGAUUGGACCACAGCACCAGGCCGGCUCUGACUCUUUACUAACAGGCAUGGCGUUCUUCAAAAUGAGAGAGAUGUUCUUCGAGGAUCACAUCGAUGACGCGAAGUACUGCGGUCAUUUGUACGGGCUCGGUUCGGGCUCUGCUUACGUCCAGAACGGGACGGGAAACGCUUACGAAGAGGAGGCCAACAAGCAGCUGUCAUGACAUCGCUCUGUCACUCCGUCAUCCUGCCGCAUGCGCGCACACACAAAUACAGAGUCGGCAUGGAGCUGAGGCAAAGCCGGGCGACGAUACGACCAGCGAGGAGCAACGUUCAUGUGCAUCAUUUAGCCAAGUGCUUGUCAGAGCUCUGCUCCACGUGGAUCACAGCUGUGCUCGUCCAUGCUGUAGCUGCAUGGGAGUACGUUUAGUGUUGUGUUCGUGCGGGGCGGCGGGCGGCUCGGUUCAGUCCGCUUUAAUACGCUUGGCUUUUAGUUUUCCUCCAGUGUCCUGCGAUCAUAAUGUGCACUUUAAAGUUGAUUUUAUAUGGAAAGCUGAACACGUUCCUGAUCUGUGUGUGUGUGUGUCUCCUCUUUGUGUGUUCCAGUCCGACAUGGUGAAUAUCUUUCAGGUCUCACCUCGCUCAGCCUUAAUAUUAGCUGCAGUCUUCUCUUGUAAACUUUUAAUUUAUUAGGUAGGUUGACACGAAGACGUCCUGAACUCCUGACGAUAAAGAGCUCGCUGCUUGCC